AUGUCGCCUGAUCAACUGGAGCUGCCCACGCACGCGCACUCCAAUGCGUUCUGGUCGGCCCCUCACACGGCGCCGCGUGUGGCCGUCUUAGUGCUGAAUGCGUCGCACGGCUCGUGGCGCGUGGCAGCAGCGAGGGGCGUCGCAGGAGCGCACGGCUCGGAGCUGUUCUGGAGCUUAUGGACCCACGCGCAGCUGAGGGUCUGUGCUGACGGCGGUGCGAACCGUUUGUACGACCGCAGCCGCGCACUAAAAGCGCAGGAGAUUGUACAGGCACCGGACUAUAUCAAGGGCGACUUGGACUCCCUGCGCGAGGACGUGCGGGCGUUUUUCGCGGCAAAGGGGACAGUCGUGCUCAAGGAUCCGGACCAGUCGACAAAUGAUCUGGACAAGUGCUUGCAACUGAUUUACCAGCAGCAAGAGGACCACUGCCGGACACAGGACAAUGCACAGGACUUGUUCUCGGUCCUGAUCUUCGGGGCAAUGGGCGGCCGGUUUGACCAGGAGAUGCAGAACAUCAAUGCGCUGUUCCGAUGGCACGGGAAGUUCCAGCAGCUCGUGUUGCUGUCGGACGAGACGACAGCGAGGCUGCUGGAGCCGCAUGUGCGGCACGUGAUUACACCCAACUUUAUGUUUGAAACGCGCACGUGUGGCCUGAUUCCCGUGGCGGGAACGUGCAACGAGACGACCACGUCGGGGCUCAAGUGGAACCUGAGCCCGGGCAUGGAGACAGGGUUUGGAGGACUCAUUAGUAGCUCGAAUCACGUGGACGAUGCGUGCGAGCAGGUAGAGGUCGUGACGUCGCAUCCGCUCAUUUGGACCACGGAACUAAAGAAGCAGCUCGACUAG